GUUGGUGUUGGGCAGCAUGUUCUCAAUGACAGAUAAUUAAUCAAAAAUUUAAGACAUCCUGAAUACAGAAGCUAUUUAAGUAGGAUCAGACAUAAUAAGAUCAAGCUAUGACGUUUGGGCUUUGAUUGGGAUGGGAUGCAGACAGCAAAGAACCCUUUCUGUAGUUUCUUGGUCAUAUGGUGGAGAGCGUGCGUUUUAAAUUAAGCACCAUGGACAGCACCACUGCCGCCGGCACACCUUGGAGCUUCGACCCGACUUUUAACUCUACUUCUCCGGGAUACAAAUCUAGUACUGUGGCACCCACGAUUUUUCCACGGGCAGGCUACAGCAUCCUCUCCUAUCUUAUGUUCAUCAAUGCAAUUUUCUCUGUUUUUAACAAUACUCUGGUAAUAACGGUGUUGGUGAAGAAUCGUACUCUCCUCAACCCAAUGAAUGUGAUCAUCCUCAGUUUAGCCAUGUCUGACUUGAUGAUAGCCUUGUGCGGUUCGUCGAUAGUCACCAUUACCAACUAUCAUGGUUCAUUCUUUCUCGGCGAUGAGUUUUGCAUCUUUCAAGGAUUUGCUGUCAACUAUUUCGGUCUGGUGUCUAUGUGCACGUUGACACUGCUGGCGUACGAGCGCUACAACGUGGUGUGUAAGCCCAUGGCAGGCUUCAAGAUGAACGUGCGUCGGAGCUUUCAGGGGCUCCUGGGGGUCUGGCUGUUCUGUUUGUUCUGGGCCGUGCCCCCACUGCUAGGCUGGAGCUCCUACGGACCCGAGGGCGUCCAGACCUCCUGCUCUCUGGGCUGGGAGGAGAGGUCCUGGAGUAACUACAGUUACCUGAUCCUUUACACGCUGUUCUGCUUCCUCCUGCCUGUCGCAAUCAUCAUCUACUGUUACACCAAGGUCCUCACCUCCAUGAGACAGCUAAACCGUAGUACGGAGUUGCAGGGCGGUCGCCCCUGUCUGCAGGAGAACGAGCGGGCCGUAAGGAUAGUGCUGGCCAUGAUCGGGGCCUUCUUUGUUUGCUGGCUGCCCUACACAGCCCUGUCCGUGGUGGUUGUGGUGGACCCAGAGCUCCACAUCCCUCCGCUGGUGGCUACCAUGCCUAUGUACUUCGCCAAGACCAGUCCCGUCUACAACCCCAUCAUCUACUUCCUAAGCAACAAGCAGUUCCGUGAUGCCACUCUGGAAGUCCUCUCCUGUGGGCGCUACAUUCCCCACGACCCGGCCACCGACACUGUCCCCAUGCGCUCCAUGACCCUGAGGACCACGGUGGGCAGAAGGAAACGGGAGCCUAGAAGUAUCACGGUGGUCUGGGUCCAUUCGAGCCCCAUCACAGCUCAUCACUCAGCGAAUGUGUUUGUCACAUGGGCAGUGUACCGUCAAAAGUCUCUUAGAACGUGGAACAACGCGCUCCUGGUCAACCUCGCCGUUAUCGACAUCCUCCGUUGUUGUAUUGACUGUCCCAUUCUCCUCACCAUCGUUCUGAAGGGACCCGUAGGAGGAGGUCUGGAGGAAAUGCUCUGUGACACCCAGGUUGCCUCCUUCUCAUUCUGCUGCUGUAUUCAGUUGCUCACCUUGGCCUGCAUCAGCAUGGAAAGACAUCAAGCAAUCACCCACCCUUUCAAAAUCACCCAGCGCCGAAGACGGAUUCUGGUGUGGAUCCCCUUGACCUGGAUGGUUGAGGAGACUGUAGCAGCAAUCCCCGUUCCAGAAACUCCAGCUGCGGAGCAAAGCUUAGAGGUUGAAGGUGGCGUCUGUAUGAUGCCGUCGUUCGCCAACAAAGAGCAUGCCAAAAAAAAGAAGGAGAGUAAACUGGCGAAGCGUUCUGGUUACAUCAUUCUCACCUUUCUGAUAUUCUGGAUGCCAUUGAUAGUGAUGACGCUGGCCAACGUAUUCUGCAACAGAAACAGGAAUUUCAGGAUGGGGACAGCUCAAAAUCUGGAUAUCCUGUCUGUAUCAGUGGCCUGCAUGACCUCUGCCAGUAACCCCAUAACCUACGCUGUGGUCAACCCUCAGUUCAGGACAGAGUUCUACUAUCUUAGGAGGAAAUGUCAAUCGUUAUGGACACGAGCUUAG